UGCUCAGUUGAAAGCAGCUGAACGUUAAUGAGGUUGGUUCCAAAAAGAUAUUAUCAGCCUUCCAACUCACUGCCUUGAAAAUCAGAAUACCAUUGUUGUGAAUGAAUAAGUAGAAAGAAGUAACUCAAAAAGAAGCCUGGAUACAGUGUCGAGGGAUAUGCAAGAUUUUGGAAUAGAUGAAAUUUUAUUGAGUACACAGUAUCAUCAACAUGGCAGCUCCAGUAUUUAGAAGAAUAUUCUCCCUUUCAAAUUCCAUACCAAAAAAGUUUGAAGUCAGUGUUCGUACAAAAUCAUUUUACAAACAUAAUUUGAAUGGUAUGGACAGUGCUAAGUUAGCUGACGUCAAAUUAAAUCCAGCUUCUCUAUAUACAGCUUUAGAUGCCAUAGAUGUUAAUUAUUUCUGUGGUGUUCCAGAUUCUUUACUUAAAGAUUUCUGUGCCUUUGUCACUGAUAAUGCACCUCAAGAAAAUCAUGUUAUAACUGCUAAUGAAGGCAAUGCUGUAGGUUUAGCAGCAGGCUAUCACCUGGCAACUGGAAAAUCAGCAAUGGUGUAUUUGCAGAAUUCAGGUCUUGGUAAUAUGGUAAACCCACUGAUGUCACUAGCUGCCCCAAAAGUUUAUAGUAUACCAAUGUUAUUACUAGUUGGCUGGCGAGGUGAACCAGGUGUGAAGGAUGAACCACAACAUGUCACUCAAGGAUUAAUAACAAAUGAUAUGUUAGAAUCAAUGAGAAUACCAUAUGAAGAAUUGCCUUCUGAUGAAACACAACUAAUGGAUAUAUUAGAAAGAUCAAGAAAACACAUGCAAGAUAAAAAAUCACCAUUUUGUUUACUUGUAAGAAGUAAAACAUUUACACCAUACAAAUUGACACAAAAUAAAAUAAAAUUACCAUUAACUAGAGAAUAUGCGUUACAGAGAGUGGUAGAUUUAUUAAGUGAAAGUGAUAUUAUUGUUAGUACUACUGGUAUGUUAUCUCGAGAAUUGUUUGAAUACAGGGUAAAUACGGGUAAAGGUCAUGAAAGAGAAUUUUUAACAGUAGGUUCUAUGGGUCAUGCAUCAUCUAUAGCGCUUGGAAUAGCUUUACAAAAACCUGAGAGACAGAUUGUAUGUUUAGAUGGUGAUGGUGCUGCUUUGAUGCAUCUAGGUUCCAUGGCAACUGUAGGACAAAGUAAUUCUACUAACUUUAAACAUAUACUCUUCAAUAAUGGUGCUCAUGAUUCUGUUGGAGGUCAACCAACAGAAGCAAGAAAUUUUGACUCAUUCUCAUUUUCUAAAAUAGCUAUUGGUUCAGGUUAUAAGAAGACCUAUGUAGCAACCACAGAAGAAGAAUUAAAACAUGGCAUGAAAGAACUUAUGAUGGCAGAUGGACCAGUUUUAUUAGAAAUCAGAACCUCUACUGGAUCUCGUUCAAAUUUAGGUCGACCCACAAGGACUACUAUUGAAAACAAGGAGGAUUUUAUGGAUUUCAUUUCCCAAUAUUAGGAACCAUCUGAUCAAGAUAUGACUGUAACGAAUUCCAGAGAUGGUCAAGAUAGAUAAGAUGGUUUUGACAGACCACUAAUUUAACUUUUAUCAGUAGGUAGUGUUCACACAAAUAAUCAUUGUAAAUAGUCAGAGUCGAUGAUUGAUAAUUGAAGUAGUGAUUGUUGACUAUUUGUAAUCAAAGUAGGCAAAGAAAUUUGGCACUAAUUUAAAUAUUUCAUCUGGACUUGUAUUGCAUUCCCAUUAUUAUGACGCACUUGAACAUUUUGUUACCAGGUUUUAAAUUAAGGGUUGAUUAAAUUUGAAUCGGUGUGAUUUACAUUAGUGCAUUAAUGACAAUGUAUCCAUGAACUGAGUUUAUGUGACUGGAAUUCAAAAACAAAAUGGUGGAUGGACUGUUAUUGUCUAUACUGUACAUUUUGUUACAUAUAUUAGGCUACUCGUGUGAUCUCAGAAGCAAUCUUUAUAAUGAUACACCAUUUCAAUAUUGUAGCAAACAAACACACAGUCUAGAGAAAAAAAACAACUAUUUAUAAUUGAUUGUUCGUGUGAAUACUAUCGGUAUUGUUAUCUUGCAAAUUGAUUCAAAUAUUUCUCUAGCUAUUCUACGUUCUUUACGUCUCAGUUGGUUAACCGAAAACAGACUUGCAUAGCCUACGUGCAAAUCACUUUUUCAAUAUGUACGGAAAUCCCAUGUUGUGUUCGGCCAGUUUGAAUCAGUGGCAUGUGCUACGCUUUACAGUUGGUGGAGGUCAUAUCAGUUGGAACAGAGAAGUUAACCCUCAUUCAAUGGCAGAAAUAGUUCAGACAAAUUUCUAUCCCCUUUGUAUCAGGCGAACCAUGCAUAAUUGGGUUAAAAUUAUAUUGAUAAAAUGCGGAAUGUGGGUGCACUAAAGUACUCUUGCUAUAAUAUAUAUUUUACUUAAAAGCUUGAUGUGUCAUUUGCAUUUUCGCUAAAAUAUUAAAUUUCUAACAGCUAAAUACACUCUAAAUAUAUAAGCCUACUCAGAUUGAUUAUUUAACAUUUAAAUAAGACAACAGAAUCAAACUACCAACGCUAGAUAAUCUCCCGACUUGGAUUCAAUCGGAUUUAAACUAGGCCCAUCAGGUUUCACCGCUAUGUUUCUCUUGUUACACUCAAGCAGCAAAGAUUCCUAUAUUGCUUAAUGACACAUCAUGCUUUUAAUACUACCAUUACUUAUUAUGUAACAAUUGAUAUCUUUAAUGUCAGAGAUACAAUUCUUCAAAACUUUGGCACUGAACAUAAUAUAUAUAUAAUAAUCUUAGAUCUGGUUCAAAUUGUGGGAUUUUCAUUGGUUGUUUUUUGCUCAUUUUUUGAGUGGCAAUAUUAGAAUACUUUCAUGUAAAUUUUUAUUUAUUUAUGAUGGUUUUUUUUAUAUGCCUGUUGUUGACAUCUUGUUAAGUUUAGUUGGAAUUUAAUGUUUAAUUUUUGAACAAUUAUUAUUAAUACAGUAUGACUGAUGAUAUUUUAUGUAUAUUUUAUUUUAUCACCCAAUAAUACAUUCUACAGUAUAUAUCGCUUGUGUGAUAUAUUUCAUAAUCUACUGCGAUGAUAUCGCUUAACAUGAAUUUGAUUAGUCAGUUGAAAAGGAACUACUUUUUUUUAUUUUCAAAGAACAGUUCAUUUCUUAUUAAAAGUAACUUGUUAUUUAUUAAAAAUGAACUAUUGUUAUUCAAUUGACCUUGAUGGAAACACUGGGUCAAUAUAAAGGACUUUGCAAUGGUUGAAUUGCUGUCAAAAAAUGAUGUAUCACUACGCUGUAAUGUUCAGUAAAAGUGAAAUCUACAGCAAAGAAUUAUAUUUAUCUAUUUGUGCAUGUAAGAAGGGAUUGGGUGAUAAAUAAAAUCUCCUACUCGUCUUUAAUGCCUCGUUUAUUUUACUUUAUCAACUUGUGUUGAUAUUUUUUGAUAUCAAAAAAGACUGGUAGGAGAUUCUUUAUGUAUUGGUGAUUGGAAAUCGAAAGUUACUAUUCUAUUAACCUUAGUUGUAUCAUCAUAAAAUCGAGAUGUCUCAGAAAUGGUUUGAGGUAAUCUUCAUAACAUUGAAGCUCAUGAGCAAUUCUUUGUUCUAAUAACAAAAAUGAUUAACAUUGUUUAUGACAAUAAAUACAUAUCGUUUAUCUUAUUAUAAAUAGACAAGCAGAAUACCCACCUUUGCCUGGGGGCCCAAAUUCGAUGGCCUAAAACAUUCACAGGGUCAUGCUGGUUAAUUUGAUACCAUAUGUGGGGAAGGAUUGCAGCAACGAAGCAUGAUGGGCAAUCUUAUUAAAAUACAGAUUUAUAUUUCAUUUCAUUUUUUUACACUUUCAAUGGCCUCCACCACAUGAAGAUCUGACCAAUUGUAGUCGGAGGUCAUAUGAGAGGCUUUUGACCCUAUGACAUCACACAUUUGAUUAACCAAUCAGUGCUGAUGUUUCUAGUGGGAUACCCAGUUUCGUGCACUUGCACACCAAGAACUGGUUGCAACAGACCGUUACAUUGGCUAAUCCCUCACAUCAACCAGAACACAGGUUAUAUAACAACUCUUCCAGAUCCUGGUGUAGUAAAACGAAAUUUUAAACCAUAAAAAAAGAAACGAAAUAGGAUCUGUGUUUUAAUUAGAUUGCAUGAUGGGCAUACACACAUACAGACAUCUUGAUUUUAUUUAUAUAGAUAGACUAACACGAUACCCGGUUUCUUCCAGGGCCCAAAUUCACUGGGUCAUGCUUGUUAAUUUGAUAACACAUAUUGUUUGGCAUUUGUUAAAUAAGGCACAAUAAGAAAUGUUGGCUUUGGGUUCAUGCAGGAAAUAUAUGCGGUCAUUAACAUUGAUAUUACACAUUCACAGUUCCGUGCCAUAUUUGAAAUCUGGGGCCUGUACAUGUGCUUCAAUUAGCCAGAACUAAUUCACUACCUGUUUUCUGUUUUUGACAGAUUAACAUACCUGUCUUUAACAGAUUAACAAUCAUUUGACUUCUUUUGUGGGGGGUGGGGGAAACAAUAUAAGAUUUUUUCAUGCAUUCAAUACUAUCUAGUCGACAGAACCAUGCACUCUUUCAGUUAUACAAUUUAAUAUGAAUUGUACCGGUUAUUUUAAAGAACUGUGAUUUUAUUUUAAAUGGUUAUUUAUAUAUAGUAUGUCCUAUACAUCUAUUUUCAUCAAUUAUGUUAUCUGUAACUUUGUCAAAUAUUUUUAAAAAAUGUUCAUUUUGAAGUAUAUUUAAUGUAUGAAAUUUUAUAUUUUAUGAUGUAUUUACAUAGGUUUGUUUAUACAUGAAUAUGAAAUUAAAUUAUUAUCAAUUUUUAUAUGCAAUGUUGUGCCUAUAUAGUGUAUGUUCUUAAUUAAACACCCCUGUCCAUCGUCAAUGAUUGCCAAUUACUGAGAAAUUCUUUUGGAACCUUGGUGGACCAAUGUUACAUAAGCCAAAGGACUUAAAAUUUAUAUCAUUCUAUUGAUGUUCAAUGAUUUCUAAUCUUUACUUCAGAUUCUAAUUGAAUUCAUGUUUUUAUACAGUGUUUAUAAUACGAACAAGACUACUGAUUGAUAUUCAAUGAUUUCUAAUAAUUAAUUUACUAAGCAAAAAGCAAAUACCGGUAUUGAAUUUUAAGACAUAUUUACAUAACAUUUAUUUUGCUUUGUUUCUACCAACAUUGAGGCCAUAACUAACCUACAUUUUUUUUUUUUAAAUUAAAAUCACUAUUUUCAGUCACACUUUUCAGUCCAUGUUUGUGUUUAUUUUAAAUAAUGAACUGGAUUAGUGGCCUUUUGAAAUAAUGUACACUUGUUUCAGCUUUUAAUAAUGUACUGUAAGCUUUAAAAACUUCAUUUAACAUAAUCUAUUUUAUAAUAAACCAAUAUACUGUCUAAA